UAAAUUCAUGGAACAUUGAUUUUUAACAAUUGAGUUUGUUUACGAAUCACAAUGUACGUUGUGUGUAACACAUUUCCAGUGAAUAAAACUCUUUGUUUUUGUACUUUAUUAGUGACCGUUUAUACAGCUGGGGUUGAGAACCUAUCAAAUGUCAGUUAUCAAGUGCCUUUUUUUUUAUUUUUUCGGGGAUGUAUUAAGAGGAUGUUAAAGCUUGCGACAUGGGAACAGCGUAAAGGUUGCUAGUGUCACUGGGGCUGUGGGACUGAGAACAGUAACAUAGUCUCUGACUGUGUGAAUAGCUUCAAACUUUAGUCGCACAUGCCUAAAUUUUAGGAGUUUGAUUUUUAUAAAGUUGGAACACCUUCAGGAGCUCAGAUCAUCAAACUAAUAGUAAGGAAAGCCGUUACUUGUAUCGCUAUCAGUAAGCUAUUCAUGAUCUGAAAAGAUGCAACUCGCAAGUGAAUUUCUAUUUUUCAUGGAAAGGCAUAUUCGUGUAACAUUGUAAAGUUACAGAUUGAUGUGAAAGAUGUGGCAGAUGAAACAGUUGAUCAUUAUCUUGGGAUUAAUUAUUUUCACCAUUCUCUCAUCUCAUUUUUUUAAAAAGAUCUCUUAUCAGGAUAAAAUAAUAAAAAAAUUAGAUUCCAUUGUUAACGAACUUCGACUGAAAUGUUUGAAUUGCGAUAAGAAAAGAGAUGUAUUGAGUUCUGUCAGUAGACUUGCUAAGAGUCCAAUAGAUUUGUUCAAUGAUUCAGUUGUCAUUUAUAACAGGGUACCUAAAACAGCAAGUACUAGUUUAAUGGGCUUGGCUUAUGAUCUCUGUAAACAAAACAAGUUUCAUGUUCUUCAUAUCAACACAACCCGGAAUGUACAUGUGAUGUCACUGACUGAUCAGAGAAGGUUCAUAGAAAAUGUUACAACUUGGCAGGACAAGAAACCUGCACUUUACCAUGGACAUGUUGCUUUUUUGAACUUUCAGAGGUUUGGAUACACACAGAGACCCAUCUAUAUCAAUGUAAUACGAAAACCUCUAGAUCGAUUAGUGUCAUAUUACUAUUUUCUUCGUUAUGGGGAUAAUUUUCGGCCUCAUGCAGUUCGAAAGAGAAAGGGAAACACCAUGACAUUUGAUGAAUGUGUGAAGCAAGAAGAGAAGGACUGCAAUCCAGAGAACAUGUGGCUUCAGAUUCCUUUCUUUUGUGGUUUUCAUGUGGAUUGCUGGCAACCAGGAAAUGAAUGGGCUCUGGUCCAGGCUAAACAGAACCUUGUGGAACAUUACCUGUUGGUUGGUGUCACAGAGGAACUCGAAGAUUUUGUGGCAGUCUUGGAAGCUAUUGUUCCAAGAUUUUUUCUUGGUGCCACACAACAAUUCAGAGAAGGAAAGAAGUCUCAUUUAAGGAAAACCUACAACAAAGUUGAUCCUAUUCCAGAAACAGUUCAGAAAAUUAGGAGUUCUAACAUAUGGAGGAUGGAAAAUGAGUUUUAUGAGUUUGCUUUGAAACAAUUCCAUUCUAUAAGGAAAAAAACUCUGAUUGAAAAAAAUGGAAUACUUCAGGACAGAGGACAGAAGUUUUUUUAUGAAAAAAUUCGUCCAAGGUGAAAUGCAAAUUAUUUUGGUUCAAAUAAUCUGAAUAUUUUAUAUUAUAAACAUAAAAGCAUAGAGGUAGGCUCUCUCUCGUGUGUGUGUGUAGUAUUUUAAUUUUCCACCUAUGUACAUCAAUUAUGAAAGAAACAUUUUCCUGUU